AUGUAUAUUAUGUUUGUGGAUGAGCAAACUUUGGCUAAACUCUCAGCAGAAGGAAAUGGUCCAGAUGACAAAGGGAAUAUUGUUUUAUGGAAAAUUGUUGUAGUGAGGAACUUACCAUAUGAGGAUGUGCGGAGAACUGGAAAGGUGCCAAAUUUUUUAUCACAUCGCCUCUUUCCUUCAGCUAGAUAUUCUAUUUGGCUUGAUAGCAAAUUACGACUUAAUGCUGACCCUAUGCUGAUCAUAGAACCCAAAAAUUCUUCUGCCAAGCUGUGCGUGCAAUUGUCGUACCGGAAGGGUCAUUUAUUAUCAGGUGACUUAAUCCUGAUGAACAAUUCUAUUUACAUAUGUUCAAGGACUGCAAACGAAGAGCAAUAA